AUGCUAUCCAAACAUACGCCUAGGGUUUCCAAAUCCACCUUGAACAUCGUCGCUCGCUUUAUCUGGAACAAUCACAAGGGCUCCAAACAUUCCGACAAUGAGGCUCUUGCUGACGCAUUAAACCUUCUUUCGAAACCAGCAACAAAACCUACGUACAAGCCAUCAUUAUUGAAAUCAUUGACAAAAGGACCAAUGGAUGAGCAGAUAUCCAAUAUACAACAAGAUGUACACCUUAAGCAGGAACCUCACAUUAGUGAACAUUUUGUAAAUAACCUACUAUGGGGAAUCAAGUCAUCGUUGUUGGAUUCCCGAAUUAAUCAUUCACAGCUUUUAAACGAUAUGAACGUUGAAGAGUUGAGUAGCUAUAUCAAAAGGAUUAAAAAUGAAAGUAUGUUACGUGAGAUUGUGCAGCUUUUCUGUAGCCACGACAGAUUGACGCCCAGAUUAUUGACUGACGUGUUAUUGAAUAAGUCAUUGAAAAGUCUAGACGAUUUCCCUAUAGACAUCAAUACAUUUGAAGGAAUAGCGGGGAUUGCCGACAAAGCAGCCGUCCACUUGAAGAUCAUUAUGUUGAAGAAGUAUUUUGAUUUGAAUCAACCUUUGGAUAUUAUACGAAAUUUGAAGACGAAUUUCUCAACACUAUAUCUUCCAUUGAUCGAAAGCCAUCAGCUCGCUCCCUUUUACGAGCGAAUCGUAUGGCGUUUUGUGUUUGAAUACUUGCGACAGUAUAACGAGGAGCACUACAUAAAAACGUUGCAAUCACUUCAGUCGAGUUUCUUGAUAUGGGAGUCAUCGUCAUACCCUUUAAGCCAAUCAAUUGCAAAGCUCAUUUUGGAAAAUCACGCUGGCAUGGCCAAAUUACAAUCAUUGUUUUUGGAAAUUGCUUGUUUCGCAAAAACUUCGGAGGUGCCUAAAUUGAGAAAGAUAUCAAUACGACAUAAAAUUUACCACGAUCGCGAAGACAAGAAACACCUUUACACUGUGCUUAGUGAGAUGGAAAAUUUUUUGAUCUCAUCGCAAGCUCUCGAGCUGAAGGCUUUACUCGAAAAUUUGGCUGUUUACAGGCUCGAGUUAAUUCAAGGAGUGUAUGAUAAACCCAUUAGUUCGCUCGAGCGCUUGGAGUUGAGUAAAGCUUAG